AUGUCUGAUUUGAAACUUAUGACUUGGACUAUAUUCUACAAGGCGCCACACAUCAGCUUACCAGCGACUGUCUUCUCAACCGGUGCCGCUGACAAGCUAAAGGGUGCUUAUUCUUUGAAUGUAAACAAUUUUGACAUAGAAUUAGAAGGUACAAUACGAUUUGCGGAUGAAUUUAUGGAUAUAUUCGGUACGAGACGUUCCGGUAAAAAUGAAGUCGCUCGCAAAGACAAUGAAGUUUUACCUGAAAAAAGCCAUUUCAAAACACGUAGAACGGACUUAGAAAUAAACGCAAAAUCAAAUGAAUUUUUGGAUCAAAUGGCAAUUUAUGGUAAAAAAGAAAUCACAUAUCUAGCGAAACAUUUACAAAAGAUAUUUAACGUAAAAGACGAUUUUGUAACUAUAUUAAGUGAUAAAGUAAAAGAUUAUGAACGAAAACUCAAAAAAUAUAUACCUGCCGCUAUUAAAUACGACGCAAAAUGUGAUAUCGACAAAGAAAAUAUAUAUUUAGACAUAGCUGCUUACUCAAACAUGGUUUUGCAUAACACUGAAAAAGAAAUGUUGAGUUUGGCAUUAAAUAAUACAAAAGGCAACUCAACAGAUGUGCAGAAAGUUAACGAAUUCAUUUGUAAAACACGAAUUGAUCAUAUGAAGCGCGUUCUAGAUUUUUUAUGUGCGAAAAUAAAUAUAUGCAGACCUUAUCCUGGUUUCAGCGAAUAUGUAGUUGAUCUUAUUGAUGAGAUAAUUAAAUCGAGUGACAGUAAACUUGCUGAUUUGUUCAAAUUAGCAACAGUAAAAGUUGAAGAAAGGGUCAAUUUCUUCAAAUCAUUUAUAAAACAAAAUGUCCUCGAUAUGUUAUCUUUAAAACUAAGAUACAUAUCACAAGAUUUGAAUGCUAUUAGAAAAACGUUAGCAAUUGUUAAAUCUAUCAUUAAUUCUAGAUAUAAAAUGAUGAAAAGUGAUGAUGACGAUUUAAAAUUGCGAACCAAAGCUGUUCGUAUAUUACUUGAUGUUAUAGAUAAAGCGUUCAAUAUACAGAGUGACGAUCUAACCGUUAUUACAUUUGAUACGACAGUGAAAGCUAUAAGACAUUGGCAAAAUGGAAACAGGGGUGAUAUUGAAACGCCCAUUAAACUUUUGUUUGAUCAUAUUAUAAGCGUUUUACGCGAAAAUUGGGCACUUGCAACCAGACAGGAGGUAAUGACCUUGACAGAAGUACUAACCUUUGGUUAUUCAUACGAUGAAGGCUUCAAUGAUUUAUUUGCACGGGGUUCUAGGUUCGUACGGGAAACUUAA